UUCAACUGCUGUUCACAUGGAACCCUUCUCCUCUUCGACCUUCAAAGCUCUCAUUUGAAUAUUUGCUACUACCACCAAGAUCUGCACCGACGGCUUCUCCACGCGAGCUCUCGCUCGACGCUUCGACGCCCGCCGCCGCGGCCUUCCUACUCGUCGCGACAUAGCGCCGUGGAACGGCCCGUGUCGUCGCGACGGCCGGGUAUAGGCCCGACGCUCCAGCGCCAUCCAUUUUCAGGGCUGGUUGAUUCGGCAGGUGAGUUGUUACACACUCCUUAGCGGAUUCCGACUUCCAUGGCCACCGUCCUGCUGUCUAGAUCAACCAACACCUUUUGUGGGCUCUGAUAAGCGUCGCGUCGGGCGCCUUAUCCCGGCGUUCGGUUCAUCCCGCAUCGCCAGUCCUGCUUACCAAGAGUGGCCCACUGGGCACUCGCAUUCGAGGCGCCCGACUCCAAUUAAGCGAGCCGGGCUUCUUACCAAUUUGAAGUUUGAGAAUAGGUUGAGGACGUUUCGUCCCCAAGGCCUCUAAUCAUUCGCUUUACCAGAUAAAACUGCGACAAAGCGCCAGCUAUCCUGAGGGAAACUUCGGAAGGAACCAGCUACUAGAUGGUUCGAUUAGUCUUUCGCCCCUAUAUCCAAAUAGGACGAUCGAUUUGCACGUCAGAAUCGCUACGGUCCUCCACCAGAGUUUCCUCUGGCUUCGACCUUCCAAGGCAUAGUUCACCAUCUUUCGGGUCCCAACAUGGACGCUCUUGCGCGACCGCCCCGGCAGAGCGGAAGAGCACAUGUCAAGCAUGGGCAUCCGUCAUGGUAUAUGAUGAAGGAUCAAGAAAAUGGUGCCCAGCCGGAGCAGGCGCAGGUGUUGCUCGUGUCUGUAUUUAUAAAAGGGAGGGUGGACAACCUUCUUACAGAGUUGUUGGAAGAAAACAGUCUGAUCAUGAGGUAGUAAUAAAUUGUGGUAUCACAAAAAACUUGAAAUACAAUAAAGCUACGGCCACGUUCCAUCAAUGGAGAGAUGCCAGAACUGUGUACGGCUUGAAUUUCAGCAAUCCAGAAGAGGCUGCAAAAUUUUCAGAGGGUAUGGACAUGGCGAUAAAUCAUUUAACAUCUGGCUACAAUGACACAUCGCAAGCUGAUUUGGAAGCUAAAAGAAGAGAACAACAAAGGAUAGAGGAAGAACGUGAGCGACAAGAAGCAGAAAAACGGGAGCGGGAAAGACAAGCAAGAGAAAGAGCGUCAUCAGCUGCUGCACCUCCAGCACCAGCCCCUCCACCGGCUCCUGCAGCACCGCCAGCUCCACCCGCACCUCCUGCUCCACCCGCUCCGCCAGCACCACCUGGGAUACCUCCAGCUCCUCCUGCCCCACCUGUAGCUAGUGGUGGUGGUGGUGGAGGUGGAGGAAUGGAUAUGGCUGCUGCGCUCUCCGCUGUAAAGUUGAAGAAAGCAGAGCCUGUCGAAGACAAACCUGCUGGAGGAAAUAGUGGCGGAGGAGGAGGUGGUGGAGGUGAUUUUCUUGGUGAAUUGCAAAAACGAAUGGCAGCUAAAAGAGCCAUUAAGAGUGAGGAUUCAGCGCCUAAGCCAGUUACAAAUCCUGGACCAGUCGUCUCUCAAACAAUGAAACAACCAUCAGAAAAUAAGAGGCCACCAUGGCAGAAAAAUAAUAUAUCAGGCUCAGCUACUCUUGGGCAACAGGCAUCAAAUAAGAGUUCACCUGUUACUAAAAAGUUUGGUGGCAUUGCAAAUCGUAACACAACAACCAAUUCAAGUUCUGGGGAUUUAGAAUCUGUUAAACAGGAAAUAAUUGAUGAGGUCCGAAAAGAAAUGCAGAAAAUGAAAGAGGAAAUAUUAACAGCUAUACGCCAAGAACUGUCUGGUCGAUGAAGUCAACUAUUUGCCACACAGCCUUUGAUCUUGUCAAAAGAAGAAUAUAAUGAUGUAUUAUAUUAUAUAGCCAUUUAUGACAAGUUGACCGUUCAAAACUGACACUGCUUUGAUCUCUUCUGAGGACCCAUUAAAUGAAGCCAAUAGAAUAUUUAUUACUUUCUUAUAUACUGUAAUUCCCUAGGCAAAGAUCAGAUCUGUUCCAUAUGCUAGCUGCCUAUAUUUUGGGUCGACUACUAAACAUUACCAUUGUUUUUUCUUAAUAAAACAAUAUUGUUUCCAUACGAAAAUCUCAUCCCAUAUAAAAAUCAUCAUGUUCAUUACUGUAAAUCUAAAUAUAGUCAAGAACCUUUAAAAUGAUACUGUUUUUGAUUUGAUAAUGUACACUGUAAUCAUUGGUUACAUUGUUGGCAUCCACAUUUUUGAACUACCCGAUGUAUUUUCCAUUAGUUAUUGAGCCCUUGCAUGACAUAUUAAUAUUUCGAAUUUUUCUCGAAAUGUUGAUUGAUGCUGUUUUUGAUUUCACAAUAGGCAAUUUGACAAAAUUUCAACAUUUGUACAUUUUAAUCGAAGAAAGUCAUGACUUCGUUAGACAAUUUUUAUGUAAUAGGAUGUCAUUUUAGAUUUUCUGCAAUGCCUAAAACAACUACAAACCCCAGAUUUAUUAUUUUGCAUUAUUAACUUUUACAUUCCUACUCAAGUGGGAGUGUUUCUCAUCUGUCAUCACUCCGUGUAUAGUGCUUAAUGUAUGUUGCAUUGCUGUGGAUCAGUUUAUGUGACUAUUGCUAUUCGGAGCAAGAUUUGAUAUUAGCAGAAAAUGUUAUUGGGACGAUAGUUUUGUCAUUUUCUUGUGCAGUUUUAGAUUUUUAUCGUGUGUGUCAAUGAAAUGUACUCUUUCUUACUCCUAACAUAAUCAAUGUUAUACUUAUAACACUACUCUCAUUAUUACUAUUAUAAUCUUCAUCAAAUCUGUUGGGAACAGCUCAUGAAUUCUAAAUUCCGAUUUUUGAAUGAUUCGUGUGAUUUUUUAUUUUUUUGUAUAUCUUUCAUUUUAUUCAGCUUGAAAUUACGGUAAAACAAUGGGAUGUGAUAUUAUACAUUUCAUGAGGUUUACAUAUUCAGAUUCAAAUAUGUAAUAGAAUAUAUUUAUCAAGCUAUAUUAUUACCAAUGAUAAUAUCAGAACGAUUAUUAUCUCCAUCGAAAUAUUCUGAGGGCAUAUGGUAAAUCAAUUCACUAAAACUCAUAGUCAACUAAUAUUGUCUCAGUCUUAUGCAUUAUUGGGCUAUUUUUGUGAUUCUAAUCAGAAACCAGGUAUUACUGAAAUGUUCCCCAGUGUUUUGCAACCCGAUUUCAAAGAGGUGCAUAAGAGUGCUUCACUCAGGACUGAAAUAGUAUUAGGCAAAUCUGUAUCUUUGGUUUUGUGUGGCUGUUGGCCAUCAAUUCUUCAGUGUAUCCAUUGCUGCUUGUUACUAUGAGAUCCCAGUGAGUUUUAUUUCCAUUCAAAUAAAAUUAUGCUCUACCUAUCCAAAGGUUAUUGAGCAACUAUAAUA